UUACUGUUUGCCCGCCGCCAUAUUUGUGUCGCACUCAGAAAAAGAGGAGCAGUGCAGUUUCGCACCUCUAACGGGUUUCACCUCUUCACAGACGUUUGGACGGGACGAAAAGCCACAAUUAAAACUCUUUAAACCUUUUCAAUGAAAAAAGGUUUUCAUUGAAAAGUUUUAAAGAGUUUUAAGGCAAAAACAUCGAUCCCCAGGCUUAAGAAAGGAUUCUCGGCACGGUUCAGUGCAUCGGCACAGCGGCAACUCAGUACAACACGGCAAACAUUGUUCGCCAGGCAAAAGUUUCUCCGAAGGGGCUGAAGUCGAGCGAGUAGAGGCAAGUAAAGACUACUAUAGAAGCCGAAGUCUAAUUCUGUAGUAACUUUGACUCGAAUACUAUCGACUUUUCAACAAAUCUGCAGCAAUCGACGACCGUUGACUAUCAGGAAACAUGAAGCAAGUCCUGUUACAACGCGCUCCAGUGCAAAGGUACAGUUCAGUUGUCCACACAAUCGGUGUACUAAAAGGUACCAAGUCGACUUUCGAGGUGCAUGUCUUGACAAACCCGGUCACGAAGCAGCCUGAAGGUAUAGCCCUCAAUUUAGACCACAGAAGAAGACAGAACCCGUCAGAAUCCAAAACUCGUUGGGAGACCAAGGUAACCAGAACUUUCGAUACCAUUUCCUGAACUUUACCAUACGUCUUGGGCGUCUGUUGGAAGAUGACAAGUUUGAUACCUUGCUUCACCAAAUGUUAGAAGAAAAUCGAAUCCUCGUCUACAACAAGGACAAGGAGGUUGUCCUGUGGAAAAAUGGCAUCCGUUCUCCGGUCAACAUAACUUCUGUGUUCUUUGCAAGGGCCGUCCUGCCAAUUGAAAGCAAAGAAGCAAAACUCGAGAAAGAACGAGCCUGUUUACCAUACAAAAGCCCCAAGAAGCUGCAAGCGUUCUUUCAAGAAUACCGCAGCACCUCGUUGCCCCUUGGUUCAAACGGGGAUAUCUUCGCCCCUCGCGAGGGAGGAUCAAGCGACAUGGAGCGCUUUAGGGUCUGGGAAUGUGGCUUUGAAUAUGUUAACCCACCAGAGAAACUGAUAGUUAUUGGGCACUUCCAGGGCGACGCUGCAGUAAUGGUAGGGACAAAGAGUGGUAAGGUGUACCUGGACAAAGACGAGAUAGUCUACAACGUGGCGGACACACUCUCGGACUUUGCCGACAAGGGCUGUCGAAAGAACCCGACCUUUUUCGACUUCUGCUUAGCACGACCAAAGGAUGUCAACAGUUUGCCCUGUGCUGCCGGCACGUAUAAAGAUGAGAAGCUAGCAGAAGACAUACCUGAAGAAGACAGAUGGACCUUUAUUGGUCAUGAUCCCAAGGAACUCGAGACCGACCGUGAAAAGGCCCGCCGACUGUAUGCAGAAAGGGCAGACUACUUCAAGCAUCCACCUGAAGAUUUCCUCGAUUUUUCCAAUGAAGAGAAUCAAAGUCAAUCAGAGUCUUUCUUUGCACAGUUUGAUCCAAAUGAAGUCAACCAAGAACCGUUCUGGUCAUGGCCCUGUCAGGAUAUCCCAACCUCUAAUCCUUUCAAUCAACACGCUUUCCAGUUGUGUGUAGAAACUUAAAGUUAGCAUUUUAGGCUAGCUAUCAAGUCUUUGAAGGGAUGUUUUGUACAAUGUUGGUACCAGAAGAAGAAAUAUUUUCAAUUUUCAAUUUCUUAUCCAACAUUGCUUUGUAAUACAAAGUAAAGUUGAAUAAGAAAUUGAAAAUUCAAAAUAAAGUUAGUAACUAACCUUCAACAUAUUCGAGUCAUAUUUCCUACCUUUAUAGGACCCUCACACUAAAACUGGAUCAUUAGUAAUCAAGCAGAAUCAUACGGAAUGAACAAUUCGCAUCAUUCGAGCCACAUUUGGGCAAGAAUUCCAACCUCUUCACACGAAAGACGGAAUGAGCCGGAAUGCCGUCUGAAUGAAAAUUCUCUUAUAUUCCUGGGUAUUAGUACAUUCUAGAAAUUCUUACUGCAUCUAAGGUAUUUGGGUACAUUUUUGUAGCCGGUUGGUUCUCCAUCGAAUGAGGUCAGAACGUUUCGCAUACUAGUUUAAUUGUUGGAAUACCUUAGAAUGCAGACGCUGAAAUGUACACGGAAUGCCGCUCGACAUUUCUCCGCCUCAAAUGCACCUUGAAUGUUCUGAGCUUGACAAAAGCAUUUGAGACGGCCAAAAGAAUCGGCACAAAUAUCUAGAUUGCAGUGAGAAUUUCUAGAUUACACUACGAAGUCCCAAUAAUAUACAAGGAACUUUAUUCAGACGGCAUUCCGGCCCAUUCCUAUUCUUGUGUGAAGUGGCAUUUAAGUCCCCUUCACACGAGAGCACGAAUGAGCCUAAAUGCCGUCAGAAUGAUCUUUUUUCUAUUCCUGGCUAUUCUUCGCAAUUCGUAGUGUAUUUUGGACAUUCCUACUGAAUUCCAAAUAUUUGUCCCCGUUCUUUUGGCUGGCUUUAAAGUGGAGAAAUAUAGAAUAGCAUUAGAAGUGUAUUCGAAGUGUAUUCUAACUAAUCUAACUGCAGUUUGACCACAUUCUGCAGCAUUCCAACAUUAUUCGAAACGUUCUUAUCUCAUUCGAUUCUUCCAUUUGGAAGUGCCACUCGGGAUGGCCCCGAAUGUGGCACAAAUUUUGCAAAUACUUUUUCCGACUGGUUCUGCUUGAUUCCUGCUAAUUCGGUUGCAGUGUGAAGGCCCUAUAACCGUUGGCAAUCCACGUGAAAACUGGCCGCGGCCAAGUCCCCUUAUUUCUGAUAGCCUAACAGAAAUAAGCCAACCACGUGCACCGUGACAACAGUAAUGCAUGUCAAAAUCGAUCGUUACGGUUGGAUAUCUUUAAAAGCUUCAGCGGGGAAAAAAAUCACCACUGAGUCUGUCAACAAACUUCAUUAACAAUUCGAGCGAACUGCCGAACUCGUUGUUGAGCAUUCCUUUGUCAGUCAGAAAUUUGGUCAAUAUGGCAGACAACUCAAACGGCAGCGAAUAAUGCGGACUUAUUUCAAGACUCUCUCCUUGCACAAGUAAGUCGCAUUCACAGAUGUCGUUGUUCAGUCCAGUAAUGUAGAUUCAAGUUGUAACGAAGUAUAUUUUAAAAACUUUUAAUGCUUUUAUCGUUCAUAUACUUCAAUACAUCCCUAUACUAGAGAACCUUAUAAAGACAGGGACAAUUAAAGAAAAAAAUCAUUGAAAAUAAUAUACCGAUAUCACAGGUAUAGUUUGAUAUAAUAUGUUACUAAACUAGGUUACUGAGCUUGAGAAUGUCAAUUAUUAUCAAAAUCCUAAAGAGGGGCCUGCCUGUCCCUUUUGAUGGCCCUGAAUUCAAGAAGGACUCGCCAUGAAGCUUUGAAACAGUCCCUUUGUUAAAGCCAUCAUAAAAUGUCACUGACAGUUACGCCCAGCACUGGUACGCGUUGCCAAUGUUUACACAGUGUCAGCCUUUCCUACCUACACAUUGACUUAAGGAAACGAAGUCCAUCAACGAGUUUACUUACGAUGAACUCGGGGGGCAGCGUUAGGGAGUACAAAAAGCCCCGGUCACAAAGCCGAACAUGGCCCCCUGGACUUCCACUUACCAUGGCUGUGAGUGAUUCUAGUUUGAACUCAUUCCCAACCAAAAUUACUAAUAUCAGAACAUGGUCGAAUCACCCCAUCAUUCAUCCUGGCCAAAAACAGGUAAGGCUAGACUGACUUUUUUAUGGAUGACAUCCUCUGGAGACCCUAAAACUAAAGACAAUUUCAGUAAAAAAAAACAGGCCGCUAAACCACAGGACUAUACAUCCAGUUUAUUAUUUCCCAGCCUUGGUUUGUCUUAUGUUCACCUCUAGUAUGACACACGAUAGUCGACAUUUCAAUAAUACUUUUAUUACGCUUUUUAAUUUGUAGAGGUAAGCAGUUCCUCUGGCAAGCAUAAAAUCCAAAUAGACCUGGAAUGCUAUAGGGUGACAUGUGGCCACAUUUUUUUAGAACAGGCAAAGGGCAUUGCACGCGCGAAUGUCAUCCAUAAAAUUCAGUCAGUGUGGCUUAAUGGUGAAUUAGGUUUGUCUGAUGAUUGUCUAAUUACAAAUAAAGCUUUUAGUUUCUUUCUGUAUACGAUUUGUUGUUGAUUUUCAACGUUCCAGCUGAAUUUACAAUUGUACCUUGUUAGUUAACAAUAAGACGAUAACUGUUUCAUUAUCAUUAAUCAAAAAUCAACAGCCUGAAUAGAUACAUGAGUGCAUUUGUUUUAUUCUGUGGCAAGAUUCCAUUAAUAUAAAGUUUUGGUUGUCAGAUUUGCCUGUUGAAUUUUGACACUUGGGUUGUUGACUGAAUAAGAUGUAAUUCUACUGAAGUUUCAAAAUGCCUUUUGUGUAGAGAAUCAUAAUAUCAAUAUACACAUUGAGGUUUGCACUGUGAUGAUAGUAACGUUUGCCAACUUGUUGAAUAUAAAACAUUACAUGUACAACCAUACUGACAAAUACUGUAUUCCCUUAUUAUGUAACCCUAGUGUGCAUAGAUAAGUUUAAUUUUUCCAUCAAAGUGUAAGUCAGUCUAAAAUCAAAUGUCUUUCUUUCAUCUGUCAACAAUACUAGCACAGCAUAUUUAUCCUAUUCCUUACGAUUGUUAAGCUAAGAACCAACCAAUUAAAAUUUGUGUAACCCAA